UAGUCUACCAUGGUCUACAAUGGUUUUAUUUUGUGGAGGAGAAUGAACUCUCACUUUUCAUAAGUAAAGCUGGUGAGGGUGGUUCAGGAAGAGAGUACUGAGUCAGUAGAAGCCAGAAUGUCGCAGCUGUCAGAUUUGACGUCGGUACUUCAGGCUAGGUUAUGUGGCGGAUCCCACUGUACAUGUACUACGGGUAGAAGCAUUCCAUGAGGAGAAACAAACUGUUAUCUCCGAGCUCUCCAUCAAACGUUGUAGCCAGGCAGCCUACCGUACGCCAAGCUAUAUCUAUAUCUGGACAUGCCCUGGAGAGGUGUCAGCACUAGCGGGACAGUAUGCUGGACGUUGGCUCCGUCGUUCAGGGGAUUGAGCCGAGGCCGCUCGUGCCAUGUCGUCUCGCGGCAGCGCAUGGACGGGCGCACGGCCGGCGCGGCAGCACCGUGCAGAGCUGCGUCGAGCUCGAGCAGUUCCGCUCUGCGUUGCGCGCCUGCCACCGCGCACGCAUUGCCGGCGUCUGGCCAGCCGCGGCAGCCGGCCGAUCUUGACCCGAACAUCACGGACACGGCGGUCAAUGCUCAGGGUGUGGAUAACACUAUUCAACAAUGCUACCACCAUCUGGUCGGAAUGGACCACUUUCGAUCAUGCGAUGUGCGCUCACGUCGCAAGCUGACGGAGGAUCUCAUCAAGAAAACGGACCGUCCCGUUGUCGUGAAGCGUGUGAUACGGCAGUGUUCCAUCAGUCCGGACGUAUCAUCUAAUUCGGAUAUCAGAGCGCUGGUAACGAGUGCACUGGAUCAUGUUGCACAGAUGCCACCUAGCACCUGGGUAGCCGAAAGCAACCAUCUUGAACUCUACCGGAUUCUCUACUGGGCAUCACAAUGUUCCUGCAAAACAGCAGCCUUUGAAACAACUUUGGUGCAAAAUCUUAACGUCAAGUGGAUUAGCUCGAGUGAUGGCUUAUCUGAAUUUGCUUAUCGCUUGUUCCGAUUGAAUAUGCCCAACAAAAUGCUUGCACAGCGUUUGGUAUCCAGGUAUUUUGACUUUGAGGCCAAGCCGUAUAGCACCCUCACCCUUCUUCUUUACUGCACGUUAUGUGAUGUGAAAUCUACCAGACUGUUGGAUUUACUCACCGACGACUUUAUGAACUCCAAGCCGAACAAGCUCCUCUUAUUUCAAGCUCAUUUGCUCUCCGAUUCCUCUCCAUUGAUGGACAAGUAUCUCACAAAGGCCCAAGAAAAGGCGAUGCAGCCAUUUGUGCGGUGUGGCUCGCCAGGGAAGAAGGGUCGCUUGUACCGGAUGAUGUCGUCCAUUGUUGGCCAAAAGUACGCGGGUGGCUGUGCACUAGUGGGCGGAGUGACUAUUCAGGCGUUCGCCAUAUUUGAUGCUGCCUGCCGUCCUGUCGACUUGCAACGGGAUUGUCCCGCAGAGCUGUAUGACAACUUCACGAUAGACAUGGCAGCAGCGAGGCGACACCGCCUCAGUGUCGUGGUGUGUCUCGGACUGUCGGAGAAGAUCCUACUGCGUCACCCCGCGCGCGCUCCGAAUGGUGCCACCGUUCUGGAGGUGUUGGCGCUGAAAGCCCAGGGAUGCUAUGUGAUUCCUAUAUACCUGGAAGUUGGCAACCGAAAGCAGACAAAGUUUAAUAGUGUCCAGGGUUUGGACUGCAACUUUCCCUGCCACAUCCCAAUGUUCAACAAGCACCUGAAAUGACACAGCAGUACAGUUGCCGUGUUCCUUUCUUCGGACCUCUCACUCGGAAAGGUGUGUUCUGUGGCGAGAAGCCUGUAGCGCGGCAUUGUUUUGGCAAGGUGCUGCGAGGAUUGUCCCAACAUUGUUUUGAUGCAGCCAACAUCCACACCCGCAGUGUCAUGCUGUGCUGCUAAACUUUAUUAGACCCCAAAGCAAAGUCCUGAAUUGAGUGUUUCACCCUGCCACCAUGGUUAAUGCUGCUCAACUCGCUGGCUGUUUUCUGUUAUCUUCUCUUUUCCCGCACUUUCUUUGGGCCGAUAUCAUCUGGGCAUUCAGUGUUGUUCAAGCCGGCCGUAGUAUGAUCAAGAUUCAUUGAUGUGUGUGUGUGUGUGUGCACGCGUGCGCGUAUGCGUGUGUUCAUGUGCAUAUGUGCGGGCGUGUGUGUGUGUCCAUGUAUGUACAUAUAAGUGAUCUCCAACAUUCAUUUCAGCACUUGACUCAAGUGCAUGGGUAAUCAUUCCCACAGCUGGU